UUAGCCACGUGUGUAACCUUUCCCGAAAUCCGGCCAUAGUAAAAAACAUGCCUUGUCAUAUCAGAUUAUAAUGAAUAAAUAGACACCACUUCAAACGAAAUCAAACAUUUUAGUUCGAUCUUUAAGAUUCGAAAAUUUCAUUCUCAUUUAUUAUUUUUUUUAGUUUAAAAUGUGGAAGAUUUCAAUAGUCCUGCUAUCUUUGGUGGUUUUUCUUGUUGAAGGAUGUAGUUAUAAGACUCGUGAAUGUCCUAAUUAUUCCAUAACGACCAAACACCCUGAUUAUGAAAUUCGAAAAUAUUCAGCUAUUACCUGGGUCUCCACAACAGCAGAGCACAGAUAUUUUAAAAUAGCUGCAUCAAGAGCUUUUUCAAAGUUGGCAGGCUAUCUCAAUGGAAAAAAUAAUCUAAAUCUGAAAAUGAAUAUGACUGCCCCUGUAAGAAUGCGCCCAAUUUACAAAGAACUGAGCACUGUCUACCAGAUGGACUUCAAGAUGCCCAUCAAGCAUGCUGCCGCUCCUCCAAUGCCGAGUGAGGAAGGCAUUACCUUUAUAUAUGAUGAACCAACAGUGUACGCGGUCAGGAACUUUUCAGGUCCUGCAUGGCACGAAGCAACUUGGAUUGAAGAAUCAGAAAAGUUGGCUGAAUGUUUGAAAAACGAUGCCACGAUAGACAAAACGACGUACUAUCAAGUGAAAUACGACAAACCUAAAACUAUAAUCAAGCGUAAUGAAAUAUGGAUGAAGAAAAUCACCACUUAAAAGAAGAUUAAUUUUGUAUGAAGCACCUUGGAAAUUACCUGACUGAGAUGCACUUGGGAGUUUAUGAAAGACUUUUACUUGUAUGUGAACUACCUCAAAUUUUUUAUACAUUAAUCAUUUAUGUAAAU